UACUUGUCACUGGCAGAUUUGAUAGGUGGCAAGGUUCUUCUUUCAGAUUCUUCUGCGGAGUGAUACGAGCCCCGAAAACCCCGUCGCACGCGUCGAAAGCCCUCUUCUCAUGAUCCGCCAUUAGCAGGAGACCUGUGGUGGAUUGAACGCCAAGAUGCAGAUUUUUGUCAAAACCCUCACUGGGAAGACUAUAACCCUCGAGGUUGAGCCUUCAGAUACCAUUGAAAAUGUCAAAGCUAAGAUUCAAGACAAAGAAGGUAUCCCUCCUGAUCAGCAGAGGUUGAUCUUCGCUGGUAAGCAGCUGGAGGAUGGACGCACACUGUCUGACUACAACAUUCAGAAGGAGUCCACUCUGCACUUGGUGCUGAGACUGCGUGGGGGUGCCAAGAAGAGGAAGAAGAAGUCCUACACCACUCCCAAGAAGAACAAGCACAAGAGGAAGAAGGUCAAACUCGCAGUUCUCAAGUACUACAAGGUUGACGAAAACGGCAAGAUCCACCGUCUGCGUCGUGAGUGCCCAGCUGAUGAGUGUGGCGCUGGCGUGUUCAUGGCCAGCCACUUUGAUAGGCACUACUGUGGAAAGUGCUGCCUCACCUACUGCUUCAACAAGCCUGAGGACAAGUAAUCUAUUGGACUGGAGUAAAUAAAAUGUUUUUACCAAUCAC